CAUCUGUUAAAAAUAUCACAUUGACAUAAACACAAAAACAAAUUAACCUCAAAUUCAGACCUAUUUUAAGAAAUAAUGGAUACAUAAACAGUUCUCGGUGAACCCAUAUAUCAAAAAUGUCUAAUAUAAACCAUAAAAAAUGUGGUAUUCGGCUCUCAUACGGUUUCUAAGACGGAGGAUCAUCCUAGGGCUCAUUUUAGCACUGUCCUUCUGUUACUGCCUCUUCAGCUAUAUAGGAACGUCUGAUUUCCUAGACAGUGACGAUGUGGUGCCCGUAAGGAGGACACAACCCUUUAUCUGGCGUACUCUACAACAACACAAUUCAACCGGUGAAACAGACACCAACUGCAGGAACUCUGUGCAGGGAAAAGUUCUCAUUGUAGACGACAGAGGUUACAUUUGUCCGAGAAGCGAGGUACUUUUAAACGGUUGUUGCAACGACGAUUCAUCAACUGCAAUGCAGUAUUCGUGCGAGACCUGCAAGCCAAAUAACUGUUGUGCUAUCUAUGAGUACUGUAUUUCUUGUUGUUUACAUCCCGAUAAGAAAGAUGUUUUGGAAACGGUGUUGGGUAAAGCCACGGAGCAAAACAAUGUUUUGUUUGCAUCAGUAACCGAUCAUUUCGAGCUGUGCCUGGCGAAAUGCAGGACAAAUUCGCAGAGCGUUCAGCACGAGAAUUCGUAUAAGGACCCGAGGGCCAAACACUGCUAUGGGGAGUUAGCGCCAGUGAACAGUAACAUAGAAAAUGAAGUGUAAAACAAUUAAACAUAUUAUUUGUGUUUGUUUUUUGUGUUGUAUAGCUUUAAAGGCGAAAAUAAAGUUUAGGGUAGUUGGCUAAAAGUAC